AUGUCAAGUCUUACAGCAACAUACAACAACACUGCCAAAAACACCAACAAAAUCAUAGAGGUACCUCUUGACGGCAGCAAAAGCUUGACCGACAGCAUCUUGAACUUGAAAGGGCAAGUCAACACAUUUUUGACGCAGACAUUAGAGCAAGAAAAGCAGACCAAAGUAACAACUGUGGAAGAAGACGAAAUUGAAAAGCAAAAGCAAGAAGAGCAAGCUGGCGACGAUGAAGAAGAGCAAGAGCAAGAUUCCCCAAUGACAGUAGAUAAACCAGAGCUCGUUGAAGAGCAAGCAUCAAAGAAGUUAAAGACAGACCCGUAG